AGCUUAUGGAUUUUCUCCCUAAACCCAACCCCCCACAUUAUGAAAGUUUCAAUGUCCAAACAUCGGUGCUUUGUGGCCUCAGCAAAGAGGCUUUUACCAUUUGGGAUUAGUCUGAUUGAUUUAAUUGGAACCAGGAUGUAGACGCGAUAAGAUGCUUUUUGCUUCUCGGAUGAAAUGUGGACCGGGGCAUUCAGAGCCUGUUCGGCGUUAUUUCUAGAUCUCUGGUGGGCGAAUAGGACGUGCGAGUGUCGAUUGAUAUCCUGUGCGAAAUGAUGGCGAGUUGGGAAAGGGCUGGAAAAGAAGUGAGAGAUGAUGUUGAGAACUCUCCUCUGUUCCAGUAUUUGCAGGAUCUAGGGCACACUGAUUUUGAGGCAUGUUCACCCAUCUCCCAGGAGCAGGAGGAGGAACUGAGCUCUGGUGCCCAGGACAUCCUUCCCCCUUCCAGACCAGGUGGUAUUUGGAGGCUGGCUGAGAUCCUGCACUCUCUGAGUCCGUUUCGUCAGAGUGGUGCCCCCCUGCAGCUGGAGCAGCAGCUGGACGCUGCGUUCCGGCAGUACUCCCUGCGCUGUGUUUUGUCUCAGGACGUGCUGUUGCAAGAGGACGUGGAGCUUAUUGAGCUGUUAGACCCCAGUGCUCUCUCUCUGGGCUCCACGAGUACUGCCUGCCCGAGUGCCACCUCAGCCCUGCCUGCACCCCGCUACCUCUCCACACCAUCGAUAUGGGAUGUCUCUGUACUGGUCGGACUGGUGGCCAUCCUGCUCACGGUUUGGUGUUCUUGUCAUGAGGAUAGACGGGGUCUGCUAUGGCUGUGUGUUUGUGCGGUGUGUGUCUUGUGUGUGCGUCAUGGCAUUCAUCUGUGGCACAAGGCAGCAAUGCAGCAGCAGGUUCAGGCUCAAGCUGUCCAGCUGGAGAGUUUAGUGAUCAACAGCCGAGCUCUCACCAGCCUGGCACGCAAAUCGCUCCGUCUCAUCCAGGAGACUGAAGUCAUCUCGCGGGGAUUCACCCUUUUACUCGACAGGGUGAGUGCGGCCUGUCCCUUUAACAGGGCGGGGCAUCUGCGCAGCCAGCAGUUAAUUGGUUUGAGGAAAGCAGCCUACCAGAGCCUCCGCUGCGCGUUCCGUGCCUCCCGCAUCGCCACCUGCAUCAUGCUUAAAUCAUUUCCACUCAACUCCGAGAUCGACAACGUCACCAACUAUGUGUCGACCGUGCCAAUCAGAGAACUUGGCCUGGGCCUGGGGGCAGAGCAUCUCUCUGAUGAGCAGGCACAGGAGCUGACCAAUGACUACAGCUUACCUGCUCUCAAAUUGCUCUUUCAAUUGUGGGUGGGCCAGAGCUCUGAGUUUUUCCGCCGAUUGGCUCUGAUGCUGUCCUCUGGGAGGGCGGAGCUAGAAUCCAAGCCCCGCCUUCUCGCGUACAACAGCGUGGCCACUGUCACUGCCUCCCUUCAUCCCUCCCUGGCCUGUUGCCUUGGUGACCUACAGCGCAGCUAUGAAUUCCAUCGAUACUUUGAGAUGCAGCAGCAGGUGCAGAACUCAGGCCGAGCAAGUCGGGCACGACAGAAAUGCAGAGAGCUCAACUCACUGCACACAUCCAUCCGCAGCCUUCAGCUCCACCUCAGAGCCCUGCUCAGCGAGGUGAUCAUUCUGGAGGAUGAGCUGGAGAAGCUGAUGGUUGCUAAGGAGUCAGAGGAGGUGACAUGUGCAGGUUACCAGGAGCUCCGUGAGCGCCUGCACCUCCUGCAGCCUCACAUGCAGGCUAGCUCCUGCUGCUGGGAGGACAUGACUGCUCAGGUGGAGCGCAUGCUGCGCAGGGUCACCCAGUGCCCAGGAAGUGGAGAUAGUCCAGAGGAAGCAGCUGGUCCUGCCCCACCUCCUCCUGCCCCCAUCUCACAUAUAGAUGACACAGACCCUGUUCCAGAGGAACAGGAAUUGGAGGCCUACGUCUCGGACUCGGACUCAGACUCCGAGUGGCGUGGGGCUGUGGACAUGCUGUCACCAUGGGAACGGGAGCGUCAGCGGCGUGAGAGGGAGGAGUCACGCAGAGUGUUACUUGAGCUUAAAUCCGUCCUGGGAAUCCGAACUUCGGAAGGAGAGCGAGACAAACGCAAGCUGCUGCUGUUCAGCGACAAAGCUUCGGUGGGUAAGGUUGCCACCGAGACAUCAGAUCAUUACCCAGAAUCCUCAGCGAGUCCAGGCUGCACAGACCUUGCAGCAUCUGCAAGCAACCACAUCUCCCAGCAGCCUUCAGGAGGAGAGGGGGAGGAGUUAGAGGAAGGAGGAGAAGAGAUGGAGAGAGACAGUACGGAGGACAGAGAGGCAGACGCGGCUGUGACUGAAUUCUGUUGCGGAGAUUCUGAAAGCGCUGCAGAAACGCAAGACAAGAGAGGCGAGGCAGAGGGAACGCGCCUCUUCCAAUCGGACGGGCUAAUGGAUGAGGAGGCGGGCCCGGAUGGAUCACACCCCCUCACUCCCAGAGUCCCCACCCUCUCAGUGAUUGACAGACUUACAGAACUGCAUGGCUCUGAAGUGCUUAGCAUCGGCUCGGCCCUGGCUGCCCAGGUGGCUGCUCGCUCCCACACCUUCACACACCUGCAGGAGUGCACCUACGGGGACUCGGAUGAGGAAGAGGAGGAGGAGGAGGAAGGGGAAAAGGAAGUAAUGUCACAGCCAGAUGAAAUGGAGGCAGCAGAGAACUGAAGGACAACAAGCUGAACUGUUUUAGCAUAUACAGGUUAUUUAUUCCCAUCUGCCCUAGAUUUAUUUAUUAAGCUUGAGGUCAGGAGCGCAGCACAUAUAACUGGUGCGCGAGUGAGUUUAAUAUGUCCUUCCUUUACGUGCCUCCAUGUGUGUUCUUGUUUACACUCUGUCUACUGUCACUUAGUCCACCUGUCCCCUUUUUCUCGCAUUAUGCCUCAGGUACAGGCUAGCAAAUACAGACACGGAAUUCUACAGUAAUUUGCAUCAAAUAUUAGGCUUAUUAUUUAAAUGUGUACAGUAAUAGUUUGGCUACUUAUUGUGCCCUAGAUAGGUUUUUAUUCCUAAACAUUACACCCACAGAAAACAGAUUCAAGCUGACAUUAUCAUCAGCCUGUUUGUUUUUGUGUUACGCAUAAGGUUUGCAUUAUACCCAUUUGAUUCAAAUGACAAGUCAAGUAGGCUAAUAAUGUAAUCACUCAAUAAUAAAUAUAAUAACUUAUAUAAUGAUGGUAAGUAACAAACUAAAAUCACUGACCCUCUGGCUAUGCUUCACAGACCCCACUGUGAGGACCACUAAUGUGUAAGAAUGUUCACACUCACUUUAACAUUUACAUUAAUAAUUUACUACCCAUAAUCCAUCCGAGUUGGUGUGCUGUGCAUCAGUGUGUGUGUUUUGUUGUAAUAGACCUUAUACACUGAUUAUCCUUUAAAGCAAUGUGAUAUAGAAAGAAGCCAGCCACUAGCUUUGAGAAAUCUGUUCAGCUCUAAUCUUUUCGAUGUAUGUGGAUGUCUCAUUGCAUUUACAGCUGUAAAUCUAUGUUAAGGAUGGAAAAAAAAGAAAAAAAAAUUAAUUCACACAGGAUUUCCCUUUACCAUAAAUGUAGCUGCUCAGCCAAGACAUGACUGAUGUCUGAUGUUUGCUUCUGUUAUUCACUGGGGCUACAAGAUGUAAUGAAAUCUUCUAUAAGCUCCAGUUAGUAUUAGGCAAUAUUGCUGCCUCGUAGCAUAAAGAAGCAUGAGUUAUUAUCUUUAUUGUCGAGUUUUUACACUCAUUGGUCUUGGCUGAUGGGAGUGGGAGUGAGUGUAGCCCAUCCUUUUCAAGGUUCAGUGUGAGAUGCUUUUCUGCUCACCACAAUUAUAAAGAGUUACCGUAACCUUCCUCUCGGCUUUAACCACUCUGGCCGUUGUCCUCUGACCUCUCUUAUCAACAAGGCCUCCAGAACUGACGAUCACUGGAUGUUUUUUGUUUUUUGUACCAUUCUGUGUAAACUCUAAAAACUGCUGUGUGUGAAAAUCUCAGGAGAUCAGCAGUUUCUCAGACCAGCCCAUCUGCCCCGGUCAAAGCCACUGAGAUCACAUUUUUCUCCAUCCUUAUGGUUAUGUGCACAUGAGCAGAAGCUCUUGACCUGUAUCUGCAUGAUUUUAUGCAUUGCGCUGCUGCCACAUGAUUGGCUGAUUUGAAUGAAUGCAUGAAUGAGCAGAUUCCUAUUAAAGUGGCCGGCUAGGUGUAUAGUCAGUUUUUAGCCUGUUUGCCUGGCCACUUGAACCGAAUGGGUUAAAUCCAAACCUCAGUAACUUAAAAACAAGUAGGUUUCUAAAUAAUGUCAACUUGAAUCUAAUGGCAAUUUUAAUAUUCUGUAAGUGUAAAGUUCAGAAAUAAUAAUAAAAAAAAAUAAUAAAUAAUAAAAAUAAUUUUAAAAAGUUCAAAAAUAAUAACAAUCAAAAUAAUAAUAAAUAAUAUUUUUUUACUUUAUUAUUAUAAAUAAUAAAGUACAUAAAUAAUAAAGCUCUAUUUAUGGCUUUAAUAAAUAGCCAAAUUAUUAUAGUACGCAUUUAUGUAAGGUGUGUAAUAUUUGAAUAGGUGAUUUAUGUUCAUGAAAUAAAUCUGUGCUGAGGGA